AUGGAGGACCGGAGGAAGAAGCGGAGCCCCAAGGCCUGCCUGGCCCAGCCGACGCCUGCCGGGGCCCCACGGCCGCUGCCCCCCAGCAAGAGCACGUCCUUCGUGCUGCCGCUGCCCACCCUGCCCUCGCCCAGGCAGCGUGCCCGGCUCAGGCGGUCAGACGAGCAAGGAGCAGGUGCGGGGCGGGCGGCGCGGGGGGCGGCGCGGGGGGCCCCGCUGCAGCACAGCUUCCUCACCGACGUCUCCGACGUCUGCGAGAUGGAGGGGGGGCUGCUCAGCCUCCUCAGCGAUUUCCACUCGGGAAAGCUGCAGGCCUUCGGGAAGGAGUGCUCCUUCGAGCAGCUGGAGCAUGUGCGGGAGAUGCAGGAGAAGCUGGCGCGGCUCCACUUCGGCCUCGACGUCUGCGUGGAGGAGCUCCCCGAGGAGCAGAAGAAGGCGGCGGCCGACAGGAACCUGGACCAGCUGCUGGCACACCUGGAGGAGCUCAGCGGCUCCAUACAGAAGCUGCACCUGGCAGACAGCCCCGACCCCGAGGACUCGGCGGCUUGACCCUACGCCCGGCUCGGCUAGAGGGGACGGUCGCCACCGGGACACCCCACGGGAGCCCCACACCGGGGCCACCCCCCCCCCCGUGGAAGGGCCGAUGGAGGCGACACCGGUCACGCAACGCGGGGACAGCGGGGCCGGUCGGGCC